GACAGUUGAUGGUGUGUGUAUUUUAGGCGUGACUCCAAAGGUAAUUCGUCCUGCUGCCCCCCCAGCCAGGGCUUAUUUAAAUUGAGAACUGUAAAGCAAAAUGUCUAUGAAUUUAAACGACCGAGUUAGGAGACUGAGGGGUACCGACAAGGAAGAAGGAAAGGGAGGAAAGUAGAGACAUACUGUGUAUGUGGAAUGAGCAAUAAAAUAUGUGGGGGCUGGGCUUUUACAUAGAUUAAACCCAUUCAGGGAGCUAAGGAAAAUAGGACUUGGCAAGCAAUGUAAGCUAAAUUGCUGUGAAAGCAAAUAGCUUUGGGGACAAGCGAGGUGGGAGUGUGUUUCAGGUCAACGGAAAUGUAGCAAAGGCCUAACUUGACCUUUUCAGCCUUCAUUCUUUUAUACCAUCCUGUACAUGAGCUAGAAAAAGUCACUGUUUCCUGCCCCUCCUCUUUCCCUGUCUGUCUACCCCACACACUUUCUCUACCCACUCUCCUUGUCUUUUGGACACUCACGAAGCCUGACUGAGUCAGCGCUGCUGGUACAGUCUUGUCCUUUCCAUCUCCUCUGCAUCUGGUCCAUCUCUUCUAUACCGUCUAUGGUCCAUCCUAGGAGAUGCUUGCCCGUCCACCAGCUCUCUUUGCUGACACAGUGCGUCCUCCGGUGCCCUCGCCGCCUCCUAUCUCUGCUGACCCGAGGAUAAGCUCAUCGCACGACAGGAGCAUCCCCCCUCUCAGAGAUGGCGUGUGUCGGUGCUGCUCGGGCGGCCGGGGCCUAACGUGCACUCAGAGAGGACGCCCCCUCCCCAUCCCCCGAUUUGCUGCAUAUUCCUCGGGUGUCUCCUCUCGCCGUGUCCUCCACCGCCGCCACUGCUGCUUCUGCUCUUCCAAAGCUCUUUACCACCCCACCUCCCUGUGCGGGUGUCUGGGAGUCGGGGCCCUCGGGGGUGGAGGGGAAUCGUGCUUCGCUGGGGGAGCUGUGCGGAAUUAGCUAUGCCCUACCCGAGCAUCCUUUGACCGGCUGGAUUUCUCCAUUUCUGCGCACCAGGGGGGGGCGCCACGUAGGAUGAAAAGCAGCAGUCAUGAUGCAAGGACUCAAAAACAGAACCAGAAAAGCCCUGGGCUUAAAGAAGAAGGACAAGGAUACGGAUGGAACGAGUUCACCUGACAAAGAAGGAAGUGGAAGCGGAAAAAAAGGAAGUAAAAAAGCCAAUGGAGCACCCAAUGGUUUCUAUGGGGAGAUUGACUGGGACAGAUAUGCCUCUCCUGACGUGGACGACGAGGGCUUUAGCCUCCGGCCCGGAGACGAGGGCGAUGCAGCUUCCAGAGGAAAGCACUUUUUUUCCUCCAGCGACUCGGAGGAAGAUGAGGAGAACAAGAAGAAGUUCAAAAUCAGGAUCAAGCCACUGGUGGCGGACAGUGCCAAGUGUGUCCCCUCGUCUAUGGACGAGCUGAAAGCCUCGGUGGGGGGCCUGGCCCUCUCUCCGUCUCUGAAGAGAAGUCCGAGACGCAGCCCGGGGCAGAUGAAAAGGAAUUUGUCCUGUGAAGAGAUUGCCAGACCCAGACGCUCCACCCCAACACCAAGUCCCGCCCCCGAGACGCCGAGUGACAGGCUCUCGCAGAACGUUCCUGCCUUCUUUGGCCCGCCUUCAGAGACCAGAUAUGCCAGAUAUGAUGUGGUCCCUGCAGAUGCGUGGGGAGAAUCGAGACCGCACUCAGAAUCCCCGCUGAGCAGAAGCUUCCCAACAGGAGCUCCUCCUCCGCUUCCUCCAAAAAACAUUCCAUCCAGAAGUCAUUACGGCUAUUCUUCGGACUCUGCUGCUGAUCUACCCAAUGGCAGGGCAGGUCGCAGUUCUGCCCCCAUCUACCUGAACGUGCAGUCCCCCGCCUCGUACCGCGGACCCCCGGCCCCCGACCUGGACGACGUGUUCGGCGACGGAACCCGCCCUAGCGAGGAAGCGAUGUCUCCCAGAUGGGUUACAUUCACCAGCGACAGACCCCCGCCUCCAGAUGAGCCCGCCCCCCCUCCACCUCCGGACUCCCCCCCUCCGGACACGCCCUCGUCCACCCCCUCCACCCCUUGCCUCUCUCCAGGACCACCGCCAAACGAGCCCCCUCCUUCACCUCCCCUCCUCUCUCCCGGGUCUCCUCCUCCUUUCACGCCACUUGAAUCCCCUCCCUCCAUCAUGCUCAGACCUCCACCCCCAGAUGAGCCGGCCCCUCCCCUGCCUCCCGACUUCUCCCCCUCCACCUCGCCUACGAUGUGCUUCGACGACGAUGCGAUCGACGAGGAGGUGCUGCAGUUUGCAGAGGCAAUUUACUGUUCGUCCCCGGCCCCCACCAGCCCGGUGCCCCCUCUGCCAGCAGAGCGGAGGUCUCCUCGGAUAGGAGUCAUAUCCCCGCUGGUCCUAGGGGGCUUUGGGGGAAAGAGGACUCCAGAGGGAGCGUACCUAAGGGAUGAUAUCUCAGACUUUGUAGGUUCUCCCAGGGAGCUGACGCCGAGCUUCAGGGGCACGCCCCCCCCUCUUCCUCCUACCACCUACAGGUCUAUCAUGUCUUCCCCGGGACCCUCCUCAGGCAGCCGCCCCUCGUCCCCCGCUCGUCCCGCCACGCCUCAGUCUCGAGGAAGCCCGGUCCCCCCGCCUCCUCCUCCUCGACCGUCCUCGCGACCAAAGCUGCCCCCGGGGAAGCCAAUCACAGACCUGACUCGGCCCUUCAGUCCGCCGGUGUCAUGCAGCCCCCCGCCUUUCGCCCCCCUGGCCCGGGCAGAGAGCUCCUCCUCCCUCACCUCCGUCAACCUACACAGCGCAGCAUCCACUCCAACCUUAGGAAGGGACCUUAACAUGUCCGGCGCAGGAUGCUCCAGAGGACCCAGUCCGCUCACCAUGGGGCCCCAGGACACUCUACCAGUGGCAGCUGCCUUCACAGAAACCAUCAAUGCCUACUUCAAAGGCGCAGACCCCAGCAAAUGUGUUGUGAAGAUCACAGGGGAGAUGGUGCUUUCCUUCCCAGCGGGCAUCACCAGGCAUUUUGCCAGCCACCCGACUCAACCCAUCCUCACAUUCUGCAUCAGCAACUACAGCCGACUGGAGCAGGUCCUCCCCAACCCUCAGCUGCUGUGCUGUGAUUCCACAACAGAAAGUGUAGACACCAAGGAAUUCUGGGUGAAUAUGCCAAACCUGAUGAGCCAUCUGAAGAGAGUGGCUGAGCAGAAGCCUCAGGCGACAUACUACAACGUGGACAUGAUCAAAUAUCAGGUGUCUGCAGAGGGGAUCCAGUCCUCUCCUCUGAACCUGGCGGUGAGCUGGCGAGGCGACGCCACCAGCACAGACUUGAGAAUAGACUACAAAUACAACACGGAGGCCAUGGCCGCCCCUGUGCCACUACACAACCUCCAGUUCCUGGUUCCUGUGGACGGAGGCAUGGCCAAACUCCAGGCAAUGAUCCCCCCCGCCACCUGGAAUCCAGAGCAGCAGACGAUACAGUGGAAAAUCCCCAGUCUCUCUCACAGAUCAGAAAAUGGAGGAGUAGGGGCUCUCCUGGGCCGGUUCCAGAUGACAGAGGGUCCCUGUAAACCCUCCCAGCUGGCCGUGCAGUUCAGCAGUGAGGGCUGCACUCUGUCGGGCUGCGACAUCCAGCUGCUGGGGACGGGCUACCGGCUCUCGCUGAUCAAGAAGAGAUUUGCUGCAGGGAAAUAUUUGGCGGAUAAUUAGCGGACUUGUUUGGGAACAGAACCAAAAGAAUCAAUGGCAUUUGACUGUGAAGACUAUGGAUCCAUCCCAUGUUCAGUGCAUCUGAAACCUCAUCUUAGGCAACCAUUAAAAUAACUGGUUGAUAUUUUACAGAAUAACAGAACACACACAUACAGGAUUAUUUAUUUCAUGACAUCAUCAUUCAGUAGACGGACUCCUGCUGAGUUUAUGCAAGUAAAAACAAAUCAUUCGUUUUGUGCACUUAUGGGCUUAUAUGGAGUAAAACAUUGCGAAACCCUGUUUCUUUGUUCUUGUUAACAUAUGUGUGGAUUCAUACAGUGAUCCAGCCUUAUUCAUUGCAGUUUCUGUUGUCAUUGCAAAAUGCACUGUAAAGGAUGAUGUGAGUAGAUUAUAUAACGCAAUCUAAAACAAGGUGGAAAAGACAGGAAAAUGUAAAAAAAAUGGUGUAUUAUAGAUUUGCUAUACAGUUGUAUUCCGAUAAGUUGUAGGUUUCAUGGUAAUAUCUGAUAUACACUGCCACCUCAAAUCAGAGUUUUUUUCCACCAUGAGUGAGAUCUCACCGGCCGUCUAAGCAGAAUUGAUGUUUCUGUUUAGACAGCCUUUGAAAUGUCACAGUCCAUUCUAUCAGUCUUGUGAUUGAAGGGGAUUGGUCAGUUCACAGUUCAGAAUGACCCGCAGCGCUGGACUAACAUCAGCACUUUUAACCUGAAGGUGCUUUUUAUACGGAAUUAUAUUGGUGCCUCAAUCUGGAGCACAUGGUGGGGAAUUUGAGGACAGUAAAACUUUGUGUGCAAGCAGGUUAAUAUUAUUUUGUAGAGUUUGAACCAUGCAAAUAAAACAUUUAUUUGAGCAUUGGAAGAAUUAUACUUAUUUUACUUAUCUCAAAUUUAAAUUAAAUUUAAAUCUGAAAAAGCUAUAAUUAAUAUUUUUAUAUUAACACUGUAUCACAUAAUUACAGGCAGCUUUUUUAAGAGUAAAAGCUCAUAUCAACCCAUCGUACAACCUGCCCAGCAACAAACAGAUAGCAUCAUAGUUAGCAAACUGGCUAGAAGACGCCACAGUGACAGUGAUCCUCGGGAGUUGGUAGGAACAAGAAAACAUGAGUUAAAGCCGAGAAAAUAUUGGAAUGUCAAUCAUCAGGUGACCAAAAACACAACUCCAAAAUGCUAAUGUUACUACUUAUCCGCUGGGUGUGUUUAUCAGGGCUAAUACGCUAAACUGUUGAUCAAAUCAACUUAAAAGCUGAUUAAAUGUCAGUGUUUCCGAAAGGAACCAGAAAAUCAUCAAAUUGCAGGUUUAACUUAGCUUUUUUUAAGUGACUAUAUUAAUUAUUAUAGUACCGUGGCUGUGUAUCUGACCAUUAUGAAGUUAGCCAGCUAGCUUAGUUAGCUACGGCAUAUCUAGCAGCCUUUUGCUAGCUAGCUACCAAGAUAGCUAGUGUUCUUAAUGACGUACCACCAGUUUCAUUAAAUGUGUGUAUGUAUUGUAUAAAACAUACUUUAUUUGUGGCUGCUUUCCAUUCUACAACCAGAUAAGUUUAUUGUUGUGAAUUUUAUUUGGCUCAGCUGAUACCGAUAACCCUUAAAUUGCUGCUCCUCAUGGCCGAUAUCAAUAGGAUGGCCGAUCGAUUUCCCAUUUUUGAAUUCUAAAAGAGAAGUUCAUAACCUGGCUGAGAUGUAGUGAGCUAAGAAGGAAUGCAAUAAAAUCCCAUAGUUCUGACCUAACCAAAUUAAAGUGGCAUCACUAUUGUUAAUUUACAAUGAGCCUCCUCAAAUGCUAUUACAUUUUUUUCUGGUAGAAGAAUUGAAUUGCAAUCAUAUUGUCGGACACUGCGAAAUUCUUCUACACUGGUGCAAACAUAGCUUUCUAGAGUUUUCUUCUUGAAUUAUUUUUAAGUCAAUGAAAGUCAUUUUGCUUUGUGUUAUACUUUAUUAUAGGAACAGUUCGUGAUAAUACACAUUUCCUGUUAUUGAACAAUUACUUAUUGACCCGAUUUAAAUUGUGCAUCCCUUAUGAAUACUCUACAAAAUAUCAUUUAUGUGCUUGCAACAAAAAUACCUUAUUUAGUCCCAUCCUGCAUUCAAGAUUGAAGCACUUACUGUAUAUGUAAUGCUACAAUUUUACACAUGCAGCUUUUACCACUGCAACGAUGGCAUUUUGUCUUUAACGGGUCAUGUGAACAGAAAGUUGAAACUAUCUGCUGAAGAACAAAAAGCAUUACAUAACCACUACGGGCACGUGCAAUGCUGAGAUACAUCAACUUCCCCACACCACAGGACUUUUAAGUGGUAUUUGUUGUUGUGAAUGGUCACAUUUUGUAACAAAAAGGCGAAACAGAAGCUGCUACUUUCACUGGAAGGUUAAUUUUAUUCUGUUAAUGUUACAGAAAAUAUGUUUGAAAAGGGCCUUAAGACGCAUACAGAGCCAGACGUGAGUGCCAUACAGUGGGGAGGAGGAGCUUUAAGUUUCAGGAGAAAUCUAGAAGGGAAAAGUGUAGGAGUUGCCUUUGAUGCUGCUUAAAAAAGUCGGCCACUUCCUUUGACCACGAUCUUUGAUAGAGGUCUUGACGAGGAAUAUCGGGGACAUCACAGAGUAACAAAAAGAAAUGUCUAUGAAGAGGACAGCACUAUUCAUGUCCCUGUUUCAUUUCCUUCCUUUUCCACCACGUUGAAUAAAUGUUUUAUCAUUUUCUAAUAGCAAUAUUUAAGUGUAUAAAGUGUACAUAAAAAGCUAUGUUUCGAAUAUUUCUCUGGGCAUAUGGAUGUGUCUGUGAUCGUCUUUUGGGUUUAUCGAUGUCAGCACUCAUGAUGAAUUCUGUAACAACACCAACACUCAUCUAUUGUUUUACAUGUGGGUUUCUGUACCAAAAAAUACCUGUAACUGUUGAUGAAUAACUCCAAACGGUGCCGCAUGAAAUCUGCAUUCGUUCCAUUCCAGUCUCAUCAAUGCAAUACCAAUGUAUCCAUUUCACUAAGGUCAUGAUGCGUGUGUUAUUGUAUAAUCGUGCUAUGGGAGGAGACUUUCUGCCUUCACUUAAACAUCCACUCUGUUUUGCUGUUGUUGCACCUUCAAAAAACUCGUCGUCCAUACAUUUGGCAUGUAUUCAUAGAUAAUCCCAUUCCAUGCAUCUGAUAUAGGUGUUCUCCUGUUUGACUUGCACACAAAACACACUCAUCCCAUUAAACAUCCCAUGGGCUCAUGUCACAUAUGUGUUUGAACCAUUUUAUACAAUGUUUUCAUGUGUUGACUCACAAUUUGGGCAUAGGUGUAAUAUUUCAUUAAGUCUUAGAAAAAGAAAAAACGAUAUUUAAGUCAUUUAAGAAGGACUGUUUUCAGUGUUUCUGUUUGUUAUGCUUAUAUUUUUCUUUGCCUUAUUUUUCAGAAUACACUUAUUCCUCCGAUGCGUGAGGGUUUCUGUACGUUAAUUUUUUCUACAACUUUUAUGGCUGUAUUCCUUUCACUGCAUUAGACACAGAAUAUGCAAACAUGUCAUGUAAAUUUCCCAUCCAAAGAUUUUGAAAGUAAAUAUAUGAAAAAAAAUCAAUAUAAUGUAAUACCUGUUUUACUUGGUAAUAAAGAAGAGGAAAUAUG